AGAGAUUUGAUUUGUGUUACCGAGUCACCGAGUUCUUAUCAAAUCCUCUUUUUCAUUACCGCUGCAAGUGCAGUCUGUCAAGCUUCAGUCAAAAGAAAAUGGGGAGCACUGCUGCUUGCUUCAAGUAGCACAUCUCACAAUGCAAAACAUCAGUAAAGAGUUGGUUAUGGAGACAGCUGUCAGUCCUGCCUGUCUUACCUCACUGCAGCAUCCUCCUUUGUCCCUCCUGGGCUCCAGUGUCCAGGAACAUUGGAACUCGAGGAUGCGUCCACCACCUCAAGACCAAACUAUUCCUUGCUGCCUCCGGCUGCCCCAUUCUCGCAGUCUUCAAAGAAUGGCUUGUCACACCAUAAAACCAACACAGGUUGACACUACAAUGAAUUAGAACAUUACAUUCCGCAUCGUCACUCGGCUUUUUAGCUGCCAUGUUAGAUUUGUAUUUUGUUGUGUCGUCUGCUGCCGCUGCCAGAUGGCAUUUGUUUUACAGAACUGCCAACCUAAACACACAAUAUGUCCGACGGCUUCACAUUUCUUUCUGGAACUGAAUCCCAGACGAGAGGAUCCCAAGAAAUGUUGUCUGCAGCUUGUAAAAUAGUCCUUUGCUCUCCUGUGUACCGGUUCACUCAAUAUGGAAGAAUAGGGGCUCUCUGUUCCAGUGUUGUAUUCUGCCCGAAGUUUGCACUGUGCGUCGCGUCACCGGGCAGAAACCUGUUGGAUGAUAGUUGUUGUUGGUCUCCGGGGAGGCGUGAGUUGUGAGCCCCGUGAGCGAGCGUUACGAGCGUUUUUGUUCGAGUCUUCUCCUGAAUGGCUCAUUACUUGGUAGAUUAUUUGGAUUCGUACGUUAUUUUCAUGAGCAGCCACCAUGGCAGACGAUGCCGGUCUGCGGCUGCAAACAGCAGCAGCUAAUUUGUUAGCGGAAAUCAAAGGUGUUUGUAAAACUAGUCAAAGGGCGAUUGACUGUCUUGUGAGUGGAAUUGAUGGGAUGAUCCAAAUUUACCUGGACGUUCUCAAGGAUCUGUUCUACAAGAAACUAUCAUGUCUUGAUGGAUACAUAUCUGUGAAUGCGAUUACUUCAGUUCUUGAUAGUUUUCGAGACCAGUCUGUGUUCCAAGGGUUACAGACAGAAGCUGAAGUCGAAUCUUACCUAAGGGAAACAAGUGGGGGCAAAAAAGUUGUUUUGAAACAACUUGUGCUUGCAAGAAAAACUGUUUACAGGAAAGGUCAACCAAAAUUAGUUCCAUAUAAAUUUGGGUAUGCUGUGAACUUCCUUCCUCAACUUGAACAGUUAUUGAACUGUCCUGAUGUUCUCAAAUGCAUUGACAACCCUUUGCCGCAUGAGAAUGGAAUUUACAAAACUGUUAUGGAUGGACUGUUUUACCGGUACCAUCCUGUUGUGUUGGAACAUGGUCCUCAGACUCUGGCCUUCUUUAUCCAUAUGGAUGAUGCAGACCCAUGUGAUGCUCUGAAGUCAAAAGCCAACAAAAAUAAUUUAAGACUAGCAUAUUGGGUUCUGGGAAACAUAUAUCCCCACCUACGCUCUUCACUUAAAGCCAUAAACCUACUGGCUAUCGCUAAAGCAAAAGUGGCCAAGGAAUUUGGCAAUGAUUUUAUGUUCAAGGACUUUAUUACAGACAUGAAAAGACUUGGAACUGAAGGUGUUGAUCUAAUUAUCAAUGGGACUAAAAGAAGAUUUUAUGGAGUGUUGUUAUUUGGUUGUCUUGAUAACCCCGCAGCAGCAAAUCUUGGCGGGUUUAAAGAGACCCAUAGUGCUAAUCAUCCUUGCCGGAACUGCAUGGUUCAUUCUUCAGAGAUGUGUGAUCAUUUCAGAGAGUCUAAACCCCUUCUGCGGAAGUUGGUGGACCAUAACGAACAUGUGAGGAAGGUCAUGGCUUGGAAGAACAAAAAUCAAGGUGAUCCGCUGCAAGUCAUCAACAUUUGUGGUAAAGAAGGAGGAAAUGAUUUUGAAAUUGAUUCUGAAGAAGGAGAAGAAGAAGUCUUUGAUAUGGCAGACCUCAGAGAUGCAUCUAAAACAUAUGGAGUUAACGGGCCAAGUAUACUAUCUGAAGCUCCUUAUUUCGAUGUCACAAAAUGCCUUCCGCAGGACAUCAUGCAUGUUUUGAAUGAAGGCGUUGUGGAAAAUGUCUGCCGGCUGCUUCUCAAAGAUUUGUGCUUACCUCCAGCCCCCAGAGCCAAACCAAUUCUGACCUUUGAUGAACUGAAUCAUGUGUUUGAGUCCUUAUGUAACUUUGGUCAUAUGCAGGUCAACAAACCAUCACCUAUUGAGAAGGGUCAUGUCACUGGAAGUAAGCUUAAGCAAAGUGCUGCUCAAAUGCUGGUCCUGAUGAGAGUACUUCCCUUUGUUGUUCACAACAGAUUGCCUGAUGAAAAGUUGGAACUAAUUUUGAAGUGCAACCGGCUUGUUGAUAAUAGUAUGGCAUUUGUGUUUACUGAUGCUGAGAUCACGGAACUUGAGAACUUAAUUGAAGAGUUUGGAAAACUGUUUAAAAAAUUGUAUCCAAGACAUAGGUCUUUGAAAUUGCAUGUUCUCAUCCAUUUAAUUUCCCAAUUGAGAUUACUGGGGCCUCUUCGACAGCAUUGGUGCUUUCGCUUUGAAGCAAUGCACUCAGACUUCACCGGUAUCUUCCCUGUUGUGCGUACCAUGAAGAACCCUGCUCGCACUGCAGCCAAGAGACAUCUAAGUGUUAGAAAUUACAAGAUUAAACAAGGUAAAGAAAAGGGAAACUACCUUGACAGUGGAGACAAGCUGUCAAGUCCUGAGAAGGUCGUGGUUUCAACUUUGCCAGAAAAAGCAAGUAUUCUAGCCCACUUCCCAUCCGUUCUUCAAGAAUCAAGUGAGAUAAGGAAAGUGAGGGAAAUGUCUCACCGAGGCAGCAAAUGGCAUGAGGGUGUAGUCUUCUUGAUUGGUAAAGAAGACAAUCGAUUUGGAAGAAUUUGUAACAUUUAUGUGUUGGAAGAUGAUACCAUCAUGUUCACAUACAAUAUUCUCUCAACAAAGUGGACCCCUCCUUACAAUGCAUUUGAAAUUUUGUCAUGCAGUCAAGAGAAUAGUGUCAUCACCUUCUCCGAACUUCAAUACAAGUUUCCAAUCCUUAGGUUUAGUUUUGGAUUCCGUCGUGGCCUGAAAGCAUACCUCUUUCCUCAGAAACCUCUUGAGAGUUAUUGAGUCUUCUAGUUUUUAUUUGAUGAGGUCAUUUUCAUUUUAUGUCUAUGAAAAGCCCCUAAUUAGAAGAAUAUAAAAUUAAACUUGAAACAGUAAAUAAAAUAUUAAAUUUGUCUUUCAAGAAGAAAACAUGAAUAAAAUAUUGAAUUUUUCUUUUAAGAAGAAAAC